GGCAGCCUCCCUUUUUGGGCCUCCCUGGGAGGGGUGAGUGGAGAGGUGGCUUGGUCUCCCGCAGGCCCCGAUCAGUGUUCCCCGCGAGCGGCUCCCCACCCACUUCUUCACCCGACAGGGGCCGCAAGGCCUCCCCAGCUCCACUCCAGAAAGGCACGGUGGGAGGGUCUUCCCGGAACCCUGCCCACCCGCUGCCGCACUCAAGGGCCUGGCAGGUAGGAAAGGGUGUUGCACCUGCUGAGGCCUCUGUUCCGGGAGGCCGGGAGCCAGACAAUGGCCCUGCAGACUGCUCAGCCUCCCCUGGGGUCCCGUUGGACCUCCACACGUGGCAGCCUCCUGCUCCUGCUCCUCAGCCUUGGGUGGGUGUUACCUUCCAGGGCCCAGGCUGCAGACUCAAGACUGGGUGUCAUGACCCCAUGGCUGCAAGGCACCUCCCGGGACCUGACCUGGCAGUGGCCUGAGCUCACUGUCAUCCUCUCGAGGGACCGGCGGGACACACAGAGGUCUCGGCAAGGUUUGGGAGGAGGAGACAAGAGAAGGCCAGUCCACAACCCCCCGCCUGCUCCUGCAGAGAAGGUCUGCCCCCCAGGGCAGAAGGCCCACGUGGUGGAUGAAAACCUUGUCUUCUAUGAGGAGUGGGAGCUGGAGGCUUGUGUGGACGGGGCCCUGCUGGAGGCUCAGAUGGACCGGGUGAACAUGGUGCCCUUCACCUACCAGCAGCUUGAUGUUUUUAAGCGAAAACUGGACCAGGUACUCUACCCACAGGGGUACCCUGAGUCCCUGAUCCAGCACCUGGGGUACUUUUUCUUCGAGAUCACCCCUGAGGACAUCCACAAGUGGAACGUGACAUCCCUGGAAACAGUGAAAUCUCUUCUUAAAGUCAGCAAAGGGCACAAAGUGGAUGCUCAGGUGGCUGCCCUGAUUGCCUGCUACGUGGCAGGAGGGGGCCAACUGGACAAGGCCACCCUGGACGUACUGGCCACCUUCAGUCCCACGUACCUGUGUGUCCUCAGUCCUGAGCAGCUGGGCUCUGUGCAGCACAGUGUUAUUUGGGUGGCCAGGGCCCAGGACCUGGAUGCAUGCCGCCCACCACAGAUGGAUGUCCUCUACCCCAAGGCCCGCACUGCCUUCCAGAACCUGAGCGGGUCUGAAUACUUUGAGAGGAUCAAGCCCUACCUGGGUGGGGCCCGCACCGAGGACCUGCGGGCUCUCAGUCAGCAGAACGUAAGCAUGGACACAGCCACGUUCAAGACCCUGCAGAGGGAGGCGGUGCUGCCGCUGACUGUUGCCGAGGUGCAAAACCUUUUGGGUGCAAACCUGGCGGGCCUGAAGGCGGAGCAGGGGAACAGCCCCGUGCGGGACUGGAUCUUACGGCAGCGGCAGGAUGACCUGGACCGUCUGGGCCUGGGGCUCCGCGGUGGCAUCCCCAACGGCUAUCUGGUCAUGGACCUCAGCUUCCGAGAGGCCCUCUCAGGGGGCGCCCGCCUCCUCCGACCGGGACCAGUGUUCACCGCCAUCCUGGCUCUGCUCCUGGGUUUGAUCCCGAAGUGAGCCCACUGCUCUGGACGCUGGACCUCUCCUGCUGCGAGGCUCCCUGGCCACCCCAAGGGGACUGGAGUUCAAUAAAAGGCCACCAUCCUUCCCCGCA